UGUGCCCUUGUAGACAACAAAAAAGUUGGAAGACACGGGCAAGUUGAAAUUUCUGGAUGCUCGUCCGCUCAGAACCACCGAAGGAUCGGUGAGCAGCGUCUUUCUCAGCGGGUCUUAUUCCGGUUGCCAUGGCUUGGCGCAAAAUGGUGGGACUUUGUUAUUGUGCUUGAGUGCAGUUCGUCAGUGUAAAUAUAUCAACGUAGACCUCAGCAGUGACAACCACAAAGCAACGAAGCCUUGGUCAUCCAUUGCGAAAGUGUAAAGGAGACAUCAGGCAUCAUCGUCCAUCUGAGAAGCUCCGAUAUUGUCGAUGGAAUUCUCGCCACUCAACGUUACCAUUGAUGUGACUACAGAACGGACGAGUACAACAUGAGGACGUCGUGGGUCUUGUUCUUCGCGCUGGUUUUCACAUUUUGCAAAUGCUGGAAGUACGUGCCCUUAGCGUCGACCGUGGCGCAAUGGAUCGGAUUCGUCGUGAUUGUGUCCUCGCUCUCCUACUGGUUGGCCAGGUACAUCUGGACCGUAGCCUUUGUGGACCUAGUGUCUGGCGAAGGGAAGGCGGUUCUGGUGACGGGGUGCGAUAGUGGCUUUGGAUAUUAUCUGGUCAAAAGCCUUUCGCGUAUGGGUUUCUUCGUGUUCGCCGGCUGCUUGGACUCUGGUAGCGACGGAGCCAACGACCUGAGCAAGUUCGCCAACGUCAAGGUUCUGCAGAUGGAUAUCAGCAGCGAACAGCAAGUCAACUACGCCUUGGUGACUAUCAAAGAAGGCCUGGGUUCCAGAGUGUUGUGGGCUGUCGUCUGCAACGCGGCCAUCCGCAACGAGGGACUCUUCGAGUGGGUAACCAUGGAAGCCAUGAAGAAAGUCGUUGACGUCAACAUCCUUGGUACCUGCCGCGUCGCUAAGGCGUUCCUCCCACUGCUCAGGAAAUCCAACGGACGCCUGGUUGUCGUCACUAGCUCUUUCGGAUACGUGACGAUGCCUUUGGGAACGCCGUACUCGAUGACGAAGCACGCGGCUGUAUCCAUGGUGGAUGGACUCCGCCGCGAGUGCUACGGCAAGGGCGUCGACAUCAUUCAGGUCAUGCCACAAGCCUACAAGACCAACAUCAGUGCUCCUUUGUUUUCACGUGGGCUCACCACGGAUGACUUGAAGAAGAACUGCCCAGAGGUCGCCGACGACUUCACACAGAAGGAGAUCGACAGCUGGAUCGACUCAUCUAAGAACUUCUACGACAUCUUGAACCGGGAAAACUUGCAAGAGGUCGCGGACGUCAUGGUCCUCGCCGUGCGCGAAACGGACCCAAGGACGUGGUACACAACGCCGUGGAGUCUCUGCACCGCAGUUCUGUUUCCUUUCACCUACCUGCCUGACGAGGCUACAGAUGCCAUCAUGGCCAUCGCCAGGACGAAGCUGACCCCACUUUCAAACAUGCUCAAGAACCACAGGAAGAAUUAUAGUACAACACGCGUACACCCGUGAGCAAAAGUACACGGACCAGCGGAGCGCGUGCCGAAAUUGCAGUCUGCGCCUUCUAGUGGCGAACUGUCGACAGUAUUGCUCUGGCUACGAAUUCUCCAGAGC